AUGACAAGGAUAAGGGCAGAAGAGGGAAUCUUGCAUGCUGCUGGAAAUGGUGUACCUCCAAAAACAAAGGAUUACUGUAUAAUAUACAAUUCCAAUUGGACGACUCUUCCUGGAAGCCUCAACAAUGCUACUUUCAGGAUCCUGGAAAACCUGACUUCUACGGUACUCUGCAAUUCUUCGGAAGUUGCUCCUGGCUUGCUGAAGGACAAAGCAGUUGUAGUGAUGCGAGGAAACUGCACUUUUCUGGAGAAAGCGAUAAUUGCCGAAAGUCUGGGUGCUAAAAUGCUGCUGAUUGCCAGUAAACCUGGGCUAUCUCCCCUUACAGAUAACAAGACUGAGUUUAAAGAUGUGACUCUUCCAAUUGCUCUUAUAAGAUAUAGUGAUGUAAUGGAUAUGCAGCUGACUCUGGGAAAUGAAGUUAAUGUGACUCUCUAUUCACCGCCUUUGCCAGAGUUUGACUGCAGUAUGGUUGUCAUCUUCGUAAUUGCUGUGUUUACUGUAGCACUGGGAGGCUACUGGAGUGGAGUAUCAGAACUUGAGAACUUGAAAGCUAUGGCAAAUCCUGGAGAGAGAGAAACAAGACGAAAGAAGGAGGAAAAUGUUACUUUCACCCCUCUAACAGUCAUCUUGUUUGUUGUCAUCUGUUGUGUCAUGCUAGUUUUGCUUUAUUUCUUCUACAAAUGGCUCGUGUAUGUCAUAAUAUCAGUCUUUUGCCUGGCAUCUGCAAUGAGUCUCUACAACUGUCUUGCUGCAUUAAUCGGAGAAGUACCAUUUGGGCUAUGCAGGGUUACAUGUUGCAACAAAACUAUCGAAGUGAGGCUUAUUUUUCUUGCUGGGUUCUGCAUAGCAGCAUCUGUUGUCUGGGCAGUGUUUCGAAAUGAAGAUAGGUGGGCUUGGAUUUUGCAAGAUAUCUUGGGAGUUGCUUUCUGCCUAAACUUUAUUAAAACACUGAAGAUGCCCAACUUUAAGUCCUGUGUGAUACUUCUAGGCCUUCUCCUUUUAUAUGAUGUGUUUUUUGUCUUCAUAACACCAUUUAUCACAAAGAAUGGGGCAAGUAUAAUGGUUGAAGUUGCAGCUGGUCCUUUUGGAAAUAGUGAAAAGAGUGAUGGAAACUUGGUGGAAGUCCCUACUGAACGCUCAGCUCCCCAUGAGAAAUUACCUGUGGUUAUUAGAGUGCCUAGACUUGAAUACUCUGCAUCAACACUCUGUGACGUGCCAUUUUCGUUGUUGGGUUUUGGAGACAUCAUUGUCCCAGGACUUCUGGUUGCAUAUUGUCGAAGAUUUGAUGUUCAAACAGGUUCCUCUUCAGUAUAUUACAUUUCCUGUACAAUAGCUUAUGCUGUUGGUAUGGUGCUAACUUUUGUUGUUUUGGCACUGAUGAAGAUGGGACAACCUGCCCUGCUCUAUCUUGUGCCAUGUACGCUCAUUACUUGCUCACUUGUUGCUUGGAGACGUAAAGAGAUGAAGAAGUUUUGGAAGGGCAGCAGUUAUCAGGUAUUGGACUCCUGCAGGACGCCUUUGCUACAAGAUGAUGGAACAUCAGGAUUAUGCAGGAAAUGAAGAAGGAACAGCGACAGCCAGCGAACAGCCUGAAGGAUAAUAACAUGUAGGAUUCUGAUUUAAAAUAGUGUUCAAAUUUUCUACAAGUGAAUUGCAGUAAAUUUGGUUAAUUUUUACAACAGAUUAUUUCACAUUCUGUAUAAAAGUUUGGGGUUUCUUUCUGUUUUGUGUUUCUGCACCUAUAUUUUUAUGGAAAGAUAUUGUUAAUGACAUGAUUAUAGAUUUGCAUUUUUACAGCCAAACCGUAGCUAGUAAAACCGUGCCUUAUUUCAAUUUAAAUAAAAGGAUAUUUUCUAUGCAAUUUUC